UGGCUGGUCUCUUCCUUCUGCGUCGGUUCUGCUAUUGGGGAUGCGCGAGCGACUUGGACACCUGUUCACUGGAGUAUGGUAUAAAGUACCGGAGUCUCGAAGCAUUCGCCUCAACCGGUUAGUAAAGCGAACUUAGGAAAAAGUGUGUCUCAGUUGUCCAUCUAUUCUAGGGGAGCGGUGAGCACGUGGCGAUUUGUAGUCUGUUCUGCGGGACAGAUCAAUGUCAUUCUUUAAUGGAGGAUUUAGUACUUUGGUGAGAACUCUUUGUGUGUGAUGCGACUGGCUCCAUUAAGUGGAUAAAGAUAAGUGGGGAUAUUUUUUUUCUGAAUUUGUUUACCUAAGGUUCUUUCGAUUGAUUCCCUAACCGAUUGGUUUACAAAGUGGAGUAAUUGAGCGCUAGGGAAUGCACAUGAAAUCUGGCAGCUGCUUUGGCUGAUAACAAUGUUUGACGGUACACAAAUGUGAAAUGUGCAUUGUAGUGAUUGAGAGUAUUUUUAUGAAACAGAAAAGCAGUCAGUAGACAGUCACAGACACUACUAAGGUGUUACAAAUUUACGGAUCUGAAAGAUUACUUUGAAGAAUUUCAAGUUUGCCGGGCUUGUUAUCUGCAUUUUUUUCAAAACAAAACAAUUUCCUACCAACAUCUUUCUAUUGUGCGUUGAUUACAAAAGGACUGGCGAGACCGCCAGCGCCGCAAACACGUUGAAUUAUAUUGAUUGUCUUUCUGUAUCCGGAUUUCUGAUUGUGAUAACUUUACCACAACUUCCAAAGUCUUCAGAACGUUACAAUUAUCCUUGCAACCCAUUCUAACCACCUCGCGGCAUUGAUAACUGUUUGGACAACUGCGAAAAAGUCAAGAGCUGUUCCUGAAAAAUAUCAGACCAAUUAUUCAUAGGGGAACUAAGGCAAUACGCGUUCAUGCAAUUGAUGUGGUAAGAACGACAAUUAAUGUACGGUUGUAAGAAACUGGACACGAACAAAGUCUAAAGGAUGCCCUAUCAUCCUACUGGCGUAAUAGAUGAUUGAAAUUUGGAGCAUUUACAUUCUGGCAAAUUUAGGAAACAAUGGCUGGCACGAUGAAUGCGAUUCUUUUCGUGACGUGUUGUUCGUUGUUUGUAUCCGUGUGCGUUGACGGUCAGAUCAGUUACCAGUCUGCCGGAACAAUUAGGACUGGGCAAGCUGGGAACAAAUCGGUAGCGCAAGGGAUUACUAUGAACGUGACGAAAGAAGAGUAUAAUGCAUUGAUGACCAAGAUGUGCAUAAAUCAGUAUGCAGAAAGAACUCGGAUAAUAAAAGAUCUCGGUCAGACUUACUGUAACAGCACAUUCGACACCGUAACGUGUUGGCCUACUACCCUAGGCGGCCACACUGCCUCGGUGGCCUGCCCAAACUUCUUCCUCAAUACCAAGUUCGACUCCUCAAAAAAUGCCACAAAAUAUUGUAAUUAUAAUGGGACGUGGACUGACAUAGCGGACUACCUACAGUGUUCACCUAUCAGUCCAGAAAAAGACGGUCAACUUGGGCACAUAAUCACCAUCAUCUACUAUACGGGAUUCAGCUUGUCCAUACUGGCACUAUCAGUUGCCCUGUCUGUCUUUCUGAAAUUCAGGAGCCUCCGUUGUCUUCGGAACACCAUCCACUCCCAUCUCAUGCUGACGUUCCUUCUCGCGGCGAUGGCCUGGAUAGUCAAUUCCUCGGCUAUAAGUCACAACAUACACGUGAGACACCCGACAUGGAUAUGCAAGUUAUUGGUGACAUUCUACAACUACCUACAGAUGGCUAACUACUUCUGGAUGUUUAUAGAGGGCCUUUAUCUUGCUACCAUAAUAGUUUUCGCCUACUCAACGGACAAAAUGAAAUUCUGGCACUAUGCAUUAAUAGGAUAUGGUAUCCCCCUCCCCAUCAUCAUAGCAUGGGUGGUUGUAAAAAUACAUCUAGUAGACGAAGCUAAGGAUCCAAAUCACGCAUGCUGGCUUCCAGGAAAAGAUACGUCUUAUGACUAUAUUUUUAUUGGGCCCAUCCUCGGAGUGCUGUUACUUAACGUGUUGUUCUUCGCAACCAUCCUCUACGUCUUGAUAACCAAGCUGCGAGCCACCAACAAUCUGGAAACGCGACGGUAUAGAAAAGCUGCACGCGCUACCCUCGUUCUUAUUCCGUUACUAGGCAUCACCUACGUCCUGUUUAUAGCGCCACCUAGCCCAGAUCCCACCGUCAAAUAUGCGUUCAGGUUUAUUACAGCGAUUCUCACGUCGACCCAGGGUCUCUGGCUCUCCAUUUUCUACUGCUUUUUGAACGGGGAGGUGCGCCAAGCUGUCAGAAGGAGAUUCUCCGAGUGGCACGACACAAGAUCUCUCACGACUCGCUUCACACGGGCGGGGUCGCUGGCUGGAUCCCCUAACCGCAACAGCCUAAGUGUUAGGCGCAGCAAUCAGAACAUUCCGCUGGCAAACGGUGCUAGCAUCACUGCGGCCCUCCAGAGAGUGGGCGACAAACGGGACAAAAACUACAAUGAAAGUGACAAUGACUCUUUAGACGGUAACUCGUCCGCAUCGAAGAAAGGGAAGGCUUCGGACACUCCCUUAAUGGAAGAAAAUUACGUAUGAAAACGGAUGGUGUAUUCGGUUUCCAACUUAAAAGACGAAGUCAGCAUGCUGAAAAGGCUGUAUGAGACACUCACUAUUACAGGACUGAUGAAAACUUUGCGUCGGGGGCAGCUGUAGGGAAGGAUGAACUGUUCCGUAGGGGCAGCUGGUGUUGAAAUGCUCAAGUGUUCCGUAGGGACAGCUGCCGUUGAAAAGCUGAAAGAUGGAGAGGAAAAUGAGACCACUGCGUUUUGUCCAGCGUCUCAAAAGGGGACCAGAAAGUUUUAUCAUAAAGAAUAUUGUGUAAAAUCUAGGUUGGGAAUCAGGCAUAACAACAUAUAAUGGCUGCGUCUGCCUUAUAAGUUUACGAAUAGUUUAUUGGGCAACCAUAUGAGUUAUCUGUCGCCAAGAUAAACAUGUGCGCGUAUUUGGGUUGAAUGUUACAGAGGGCUGCCAGCAAAGACACGUAAUUGCUAUGUUGCAAUGCCCCUGGUUCCAGUUACUGUGCGUCACGCUAUCUCAAUUUGAGAUAGACCGAACACUUCUGACGAUGAGGUGAAUGUUUUUUUUUGUACAUAAGCGGUCACUGAUUUGGUCACUAGGUUUCGUCGCGCCUUUCUUGGCUGUUGACAACACUUUGGACGAACUGGAGCCACGUUUUAGAGAUUUUGCCCAACUAUGUUGUGAUAACCCCCAACCCACUCCUGACGAACUCUUUAGGCAUUUUGUAUUGGGUGUUUCCAAUAUGAUCAUGUCGUGUAUCAUAUCAAAGUGUAUAUUUUCGUAGUCUGUAUAUAACCUAAUGUUUUAGCCAUAAUAUGAUUAGAUCACAAGUGGUGAAGUGAACUUCGAAUCCUCUGAGCACGCUAUGAUUGUUUUCCUUUUAAUUUUGUUUGCGAGCGGAUGGUGUCGUCACCUCAUGUCAUCAUUCAUAUUAUUCGGUCAAUUACGGAACAUUACCAACGGGCUGAUCAGCAUGUGCCUGUACGUAAAAGAAGGCGUGCACGGGACUUUUUUCAGAUAUGUAACGGUAGACAUUUGCCACUUGCCAAGCCUUCGAAGAAUCAAAUGUCUGAGGCACUGCUGCUAGACUCUCAAGGGAUAUAAUAGCCGAAAUCCGUGAGUUUGAGCUGUUUUUUUUGUUACAUUCUAUAUAAGUAAGUCUGUGUUUCGUUAUCCAAAUCGUUUUAUUGGUGACGAUGUUUUUCAUCGGUUCGUUACCAUUAUCGUCAUCAUAUCGACAUCAUCAUCAACACCAUUAUCAUAGAGAGCACCCUUAACCAUGUUAACUAUCCUUGCUGUCAGUUUCAUAUGUUCCCUCUGCAUUGAUUAUCACUGUUGAUAAAGGUAUUGGUUUACCUUUGAGAGGAAAUAACGACAAACUAGAAGCAGACAAGAGACUAGUUCAGCCGAAGUGUCAAGGCAUAGCUUAUUCUCGUACUCUAGAAUAGGAGGGCCUGGUCUUAUUGUGCUGAAAGAAAAACCGAUACAUUUAUCCACUGAGCUCAUCACAUUGAUCUUUUCGACGAGAAAACGGUGGUUAUGGAUAUGAUUUUGAAGAAACAGAAGUCAUAUGCAGAAGUAGCGUCAUAUGUAGCCGGAAAUAUGAAUCAUAUAUUUUAGCUCCAUGUCUUUUUUUGUCAUUCUGAAUCGAUUGUAACGCUUUGAAAUCGCGACCACUUUGAGCGCCAACUAAUUUGAUGAUCGCAGUCGCCCUUUUAGCUAUUCUGUCAUCAUCAUAGGCGUCUUCAUUUUCAUCAACAUGUCAUCAUCAUCAUCCACAUCGUCAUCGUCACAUUGAAAGUUUUGAAAGUUAUUGUGUAAGAAAAAGACAACGAAAAUAUGCCAUCAUGUCUACAUGAAUGCCAAUGUAUUGUGUGGGGAAUAGGUUUGGCAAUCGAUCAACAAUUACUGCAGCAGCCUUACUUUUUCUGAAGGAAGACUUGGCACUUGGCGGAUUACUGUUCGGGAAAUACAAAGUCACAAAAUUAAGGCGAGCUUUGCCAGUAUUAUUCAAGAUAUUCACUGGGAAGAUUCAUUUGAUACAUUCAGAAAAUAAUUUUCAUCCAAUUGACGUAGUUAUGCGUGACUUCUUGUCUGUGAGACUAUAAGGACGACGUAUAAAUACGUUGGCGGGCAAUCUGUGUUCUUCUGACACAUGCUGUACAGACCAUCACUUUUGUAAUUCCACUCAAUGUAUAGGAAGAUACCAUUUUGUAUAGAUAUGUAAUGCUACUACAUUUAUUUGAUGUUAAGAACUCCGUGUAUAUGUUUCCAUAUGCGUGUUAACCUAUCACAUACACAUUGUAAUAAUUAAGAUAAUUAUGCACUUAA